AUGGCGGACCCCGAUGAGUUGUCCCAGGAGCUUCAAGGCAUCUACUGCCCACCGAUUGACCCAGCUCUGUUCAUGGCAAUCGUAAUGGACUAUGAUUUAGCAAUUCCUGCUGAGGUUCGACGACUUCGCGAUACCUUGAACGAGCUGAAGACAUCUGCCCUUGACCAAGAAAACCUGCCUUUCGAUCCCACCGGCACAACCAAUUCCCAUAACCUCCAGGACGCAAACCUUCCCGAAAGUUUAAGCUGGCCAUCGCUUGAACAUCUCGACUUGAACGCUGAUGACGAGAACAACAACAAUCGCGACAGUCGACACGAUUCACGCCUGGGGUACACAUUUCUGGGCAUGACAUCGGAUGACAAAGUCUACAACUUGAUGAGCAUGUUCCCAAGUGUUCCUCGUCGCCAAGCUGAGCGCAUCCUCGAAGAAUGCCAUGACAGUCUUAGCCGCGCAAUGGAAGUUCUAUUGAAUCUUGCCUUCAUCGAUGAGACCCAAAUUGCGCGAGGCUCUGCGCAAGUGACCCCCGCAGAAGCCGCCGCAAUGAGUCAAGCUUUGGCCCCCAGGUCGAUCGAUGGAUUCCAAGCAGAUGAGAAUCAGACCAAGAAAUCGCGCAAGAAAAACAAGAAGAAGAACCAGCAACUGCGGCGCGACGCAACGCCAUCACAGAGUAGCAAUGUCCCCACGGCCAACAAAUGGGAGACCGGGAAGCAAGAUAUUGAUUUCAUCUCCACGCGGGCCUCUGUCCUUCUGCGAGAGAAUGUUGCAUCCACAUAUCACGGCAAUUCAAUGUCGCUCUGCGCAACCAUCAGAGCUUUGGCAAUCGCGUACGCGCCCCGAGAUAUUGGGGAGCUCGAAGAUGAUGAUGCUAUCAUUUCCCAAGUGGCCGAGCUCACGCAAAAAUACACCACCAUUCCUGACACGACUCUCGUUGGCCUCAUUCGCAUUGCCAACAAUGAGAUCACGGCCGCAGAUGAGCUGGCGGAGGCCUUAGCUCGGGGGCCUGUUUUGAACUCAUUGUCAGACAUCAUUACCUUCACUUCGGCCCCCAUCGUCCUCGAUCAGGAGGAGGUCACCUCAGCAGCCUCGGCCGAAGAGGCCAUUGAAACUUCACCAGACAUGGACUAUAGCCAGGCAGCUGCCGCUGCCAAUGCUCACUUCAUGGCACGGUCAAGUGCCUUCGCGCAGGCCUCCCAGGCCGCGCGCCGCGCCCGAUCCAAUCCACUCUACAACGGGGCUUCCGCAUACUACCGAGAAGUCGGAAACGAGCAACGGCAGCUGGCCCUGCGCCACCUGGCUACCGCCUCUGACAGAUUGGUGGACGGGCAGUCAUCCCAGUAUGAUCUGGACCUCCACGGAGUGACCGUUCCCAAUGCUAUCAGAAUCUCCCGGGAGCGUGUCAAUGCGUGGUGGCACUCCCUGGGUGAUUUGAAGCACGUCAGAGGUGGUGGCAAGCAUGUACACGGUGGGUUCAAGAUCGUGGUCGGUGUCGGAAACCAUAGUCGCGACGGCGCUGCACGUAUUGGACCCGCCGUGUAUAGGACGUUGGAGAGUGAGGGGUGGAAGGUGGAGUGUGAUCGUGGGGUGCUGCUGGUCACCGGGCACCGGCGUUGA